AUGGAAAGAAGCCCAUUUGGGGCUUCUUGAGCGAAAGGUCAAAAAAGUAGAUUGCCUUUUCCUACUAAGUAUCCAUGUAAUUAUCAGAAUAUUACCGAUCCUUUUAACAAUAGAGAAGAAAUAAAAAAAUAUUGUAAAGGAAAUCGGGUGGUAUAUGUUUGAACUUAUAUGCCAAGCGGUGUUUGCUUAGUAGGGUCUUCAUCAAAUAGUGUAGAAAGAGUCCUAAGUUAUUUUGAAAGAAAAUAUUUGUUUUUAGAUAAGAGAAGGGGUGUACAAUUUUUAGGUGAUUACGGGUUUAAAAAUAUUCAGUUAACUGUUAUUUAUUUCAAUUAUCUUAAGUUUACGGCGCGUGAUAUAAAACUUGUCGAAGCUUAUUACAUCAAUGAAUUAAAUAGUAGCUUAAAUUCUCAAAAAUAUGUUUAUUUACCAGCUGAACCUUUGGAAUCUGUAUUACCUUUUAUUAAUAUAUCGAAUAGGGACACCUCAGUGCCUAUAUUUGUGUAUGCGCCUGAUUUAACUAGGGUUCUUUAUAUUUUUAAUUCAAAAACUUCUUUUUAUAAUGAUUUUAAUGUUCACUGAAAUACAUUAGAGAAAUAUUUAGAUGUAGCUAAUAAAAAAUUAUAUAACUAUUUUACCUUUUCUACGAAGAUUUUUGAAGGUUCAGACUUAGAUAGUCUUCUAAGUUUAAAUGAGUUAAUUGAUUUGAAAACUAGCGUAGACCCAGUUAUACCUAGUAGGGGUCAAAAUGUUAAAUUAAAGGAUUUGACUCAAAACAUUGAAUAUGAAUUUUAUAGCUUAAGUAAAGCUGCUGCCCAUAUAUUAGAAACGACAGGGUCUUGCGAUACAGCAACUUUAAGAACUCAUAUGAAAAAUAAUACUAUAUAUAAAAAUAGAUGAAAAGUAGAAAAAAGAUAA